CUAUACUAACAAAAGUGGUACCGAGCUCUGGAAAAAUAAAAAGAAACAUAGAAAAUAAAUAGUUUAUUAAACUAUUUAUGGGACUCUCCAAGAGAGUCGUCGGCCUCGGCGUCCUCGUCGCCUUGCUCUUGGUGGCGGCCGCGAUUGCCUCCGCAAUCGUUUUCACCAAUCACCACGGCCAAAAAAAUCAUGACACCAGCAAGCAGAGCGGCAGCGGAGGCGGAAGCGGAAGCGGAAACGAAACUGUCGUCGCCUCGAAAGCCGUGAAGAUGGUUUGCUCCACCACGGACUUCAAGGAGACGUGCGAGAAGAGCAUCGCCGACGCCAAGACCUCCGACCCCAAGGAGCUGGUCGGGGCGGCCUUUGGCGCCGCGGUGGGCAGCAUCUCGGGGGUGCUGAAGAGCACCGCCGAGCUGAAGAAGGCCGCCACCGACCCUUCCAUGAAGGGGGCCUUUGAGGUCUGCGACGAGGUGCUUCAGAACGCUGUCGACGAUCUGAAGACCUCGUCACAGAAGCUCACCUCCUUCUUCAACCCGGCCAAGGCGAAGGCCUUCGUGGCCGAGCUGAGGACGCGCCUGGCCGCCGUCGGGGACGACCAGGAGACGUGCAUCGACGCGUUCGAGAACACCACCGGAGACGCGGGCGAUAAGAUGAAGGCUAUGCUGAAAACCGGCAAGGAGAUGUCGAGCAAUGGCUUAGCUAUGGUGACCGACCUUUUCUCGAUCAUCGGAUCGCCGCAGCUCUCGAGCUUCCUGGGCGGCGCCGGCGCGCGGAGGCUCAUGGCGGAGGAAGAAGACGUUGCUUCCGCGGAGCGGAGGAUUUUGCAGGCGGCGGCGUUGAAGCCGACGAUGGUGGUGGCUCAGGACGGAAGCGGCCAGUACAAGACAAUCUCCGCUGCUUUGGAAGCUUUGCCUAAGAAGAACACUAACGCGACCAUCGUGAUUUAUAUUAAGGCCGGCGUGUACAAGGAGACGUGCAUCGUCCCGAAGAAGGUUAAUAAGGUCGUGUUUAUCGGAGACGGCCCCGGAAAGACUGUCAUCACCGGAAACUUGAACUUCGCCGCGGGUGUUAAGACAUACCACACCGCCACCGUCGUGAUCAACGCUGACGAAUUUCUGGCCAAGGACAUAACGUUCGAGAACACGGCCGGGUACAAAGGCCAUCAAGCGGUGGCGCUGCGCGUGUCCGGUGACAUGGCCGUGUUCCACAACGUGCACAUCCUCGGGUACCAAGACACCCUCUACGCCCACAAAUACCGCCAGUUCUACAGCGGGUGCACCAUCUCCGGAACCGUUGACUUCGUCUUCGGGGACGCCCUCGCCAUCUUCCAAAAGUGCACCUUUGUCGUGCGAAAGCCCGGGCCGAACCAGGCGUGCAUGGUGACCGCGGAGGGGCGCAUCGACCCACGCAGCCCCGGGGGCUUCGUGCUCCAGAACAGCAGCAUCGUGGCCGAGGAGGCGCUCCUGUCGGCCGAGAAGGCCGUGAAGGUGUACCUAGGGAGGCCGUGGAAGGAGCUGUCGAGGACGAUCAUCAUGGCGUCCGACAUCGGCGGCUUCGUGGACCCCACGGGCUGGGCGCCGUGGUCCGGGACAUUCGCUAUCGACACGUGCUACUACGGUGAGUACAAGAACCGGGGGGCCGGAUCGAACACGUCGGGCCGGGUCCAGUGGAAGGGUAUUAAGAAAAUAACGCCGGAGAUUGCUCAGAGCUGGACCGGCGGCGCCGCCUACGGCGACGACUCUUGGAUUGAGAAGGCGGGAGUCCCUUAUGUUUCAACAUUAUGAAAGUUUUGAGAGUGUGAUCACUUGUAGUAAUACUUUCAUAUAUAUAAGAGUAUUCAUUUAAUUUCA